UUUCCUUAUCUUCCGGUACUCGGGAGUCAACUUGCGCACAAAGUCAACAGUUUUGGAGACAAGAAGAAGAAGAAGGAGUAGUAGGACAGACAGGAACGGCGACUGUGGCAGCCGAUAAGCAGGCUUACUAAACCUGUUCAUAGGAAUAGCUACUUGGCUGUUGUCGCCCGUAGGGAAGUAAACCGCGUAGCGGGGCGCAGUCGACUCCCAACAACAGGCAGUCUUCUCAAAGCGACAGUGACUGGGCUGAGCCUGUUAAUCUGUGCUAAAGGCUUCUGGUUGAAGGUACAAUGCCUCAGGCUGCUGACAUGGUAAACCUGGACUUCCUGUCCAACUCUGAGAAGGAGCGGAUCCUGGAGGUGCUGCAACGGGACGAGGAGCUGAGACAUGCUGAUGAUCAGCGUGUGCGGAAGUUGAAGACAGAUUUGCAGGAGGUGAAGAGGAAAGGGGCCAAACGUGGCAGUGGAAAAUACAGUCAGCGUAUUUGUGGCCGAUGCCUGGAGCCUUUGAGUCCACUGAUUCUUUUCAACAGCAAGUGUGCGGUGUGCAGUCACGAUGUGUGCCGCAACUGCCGAACAAUCCUCGCCAAUGGAUCCUGGGUGUGCAACGUGUGUGACAAAGAGUCGGAUGUAAAGAAAAAGACUGGUGAGUGGUUCUAUGACCAAAACAUCAAUCGUUUCUCUGCAGCGCCUGGGCAUGACUUGGUGCGACUCUCCCUGAAAAGGCCAUUGAAGAAGAAUGAGACAACAGGACAAGUGUUGUUGAGAAAUUGUGAAAUAACCCCAGCUCCUUCGUCUCCUGUCCCCCAGCCCAGGCAGAAGAAUAAAAUACCCAACAAAAGUACAAAUUCAGAGUCUGCAGAAAAGACCAGUAUACAGAGCGGUAAAACUGACACCGCAUCUGGUCCUGUGACCCCUGACCCACCAAGGAGAAAGAACCGCUCAGAUAAGUCCAGCCCAGCAGGGUCCAGUGUUUCCAGUCUGUCUGUCGCAGUCAAAGCAGAUGGCGACAGCGACAAAUCAGAAGCAAAGACCACCCCAGGAGUAAAACCAGCCAGUUCGAACCCCGAUUUGGAUGUUGACAGACUCUUCAAGAAGAGCAUCAAACGAGCCCCAAAGCCUCAAGAAUGUGUAUCGACACUGGACCUGCGUGAUGGAUUUGACCAUUCAGAGACCUCAAUGGGCAACAGGAGCAAAUCUGUACCAGGCUUGGAUGUACAGGAAGCUGAAGAGGAGGAUGAAGAUAUUGACAGCUUAGUUAGCUUGCAUAAAAGGACAAUGGCUUCAAGCUCCUCCAGCCUGCAUAGCUCGAAGAGCGCGAUGGGCAGUCUAAUGAGUGUUUACAGUGAAGCAGGAGACUUUGAUAGUGUGGAUGUGUGUGGAGACGUCAUCUUCUCUCUGAGCUAUGAUGAACACACCCAGAGCCUCCAGGUCUUCAUCAAGGAGUGCCACGGGUUGGCCUAUGGCGACGCAUCACGACAGCUUUCCAACCCUUAUGUCAAAUGUUACCUACUCCCUGACAAAUCUCGCCAGAGCAAAAGGAAGACCAGCGUCAAGAGAAAUACCAUCAACCCAGUCUUUAAAGAAACAUUAAAGUACUCUAUCAGCCGCACACAGCUGUUCACCCGCUCCAUGCUGAUAUCAGUCUGGCAUCAUGGUCGCUUCAGCCGAAACGCCUUCUUAGGAGAGGUGGAGAUCUCUCUGGACUCCCGAGACCUGGACUCCCCGUAUGAGGACUGUAUGGUUCUCAUGGGGAAGGCAUCCUCUGCUGUGCCGUCUUCACCUUUUGCUCAGUAUAAAGGAGAGUUGGUGAUAUCCUUGAAGUAUGUCACACCUAAAAUGCCAGCUGAGAAAAUCAAAGGCAAAAAGGUAGCGACAGAGGAAGGAGAACUACAUGUCCUGAUUAAAGAGGCAAAUAAUCUGAUGGCAGUGAAAUUAGGAGGCACGUCAGAUAGCUUUGUAAAAGGGAACUUGUUCCCCACAAAGGAGAAGACCUCAAAGAGGAAGACUCCAGUAGUGAAGAAGAACCUGAACCCCCACUAUGACCACACAUUUGUGUACAAGGAGCUGGCUCUGGAGCAGCUGAAGGGGAUGUGUCUUGAGCUCACUGUGUGGGACAGAGAGGCCAUGUCGAGCAAUGAAUUCCUAGGAGGAGUUCGUCUCAGCUCUGGCAAAGGCACUGUUAAAAUGGGAAAGGAGGAAGUGGAAAUGGACUCAGUUGGAGAGGAGGUCAGUCUGUGGGAGAAGAUGAUGCAGUACCCUGAUUCGUGGGCAGAGGGCACUCUUCCACUGCGCUCCACUAUGGGGAAAGUAAAGGGCAAAUGAGGACUGCAGAAGAAAAGACACUGAAAUGAGAGAAGCUGUAGCAUCACCCCUAUCCCCCAGGUGUGAUGACCCAAAGUGUGCCAAAGCAUCAGGACACCUUCUUUUAAGAAGAUUGUCAUUUUGUUUUUGUUAAAGUUCAGAAUUUUUAUUAUUGAACUUCAAAAUCACACAGAGCACUUAAUACAAAAACGGUAUCAGCAUGUCAUCCUUGUCUUUAAUAAUUGUGUACAGAAUUAACAUUAGGAAAACUUCGUUAUAAACUGCUGUUAUA